AGGAGAAAAACAGUGACAAGUGUAUGUUGGCCAUGUUUGUAGUAACUUCUGAGUGAUAAUAUUUGUUAUUUUCUAGGAGAAAAACAGUGACAAGUGUAUGUUGGCCAUGUUUGUAGUAACUUCUGAGUGAUAAUAUUUGUUAUUUUCUAGGAGAAAAACAGUGACAAGUGUACUUACGGCAAUGGAACAUAUAAGUGUGGAAUGUGUAACUGUUACGAAGGACGUUCUGGAAACAAGUGUGAAUGUGACUCGAAGGACACUGAUCUUACCACCGAUGAAGCAAGAUGUGUCUUUGGCAACGACACUAAACCCUGUUCUGGACGUGGGAUUUGUCAUUGUGGAGUUUGUGAAUGUUUCACGAGACAAAACCCAGAAGAAGAAGUGACGGGAAAGUUCUGUGAGUGUGAUAACUUUUCCUGCGAUCGUUACGAAGGGGAAAUCUGCAGUGGACCUGAGCAUGGGAAGUGUGAGUGUGGAGAAUGUCAGUGUCAAUCUGGGUGGAAAGGUAACGCAUGUGAAUGUAGAGACACCAACGAUACUUGCAUUGCUCCCGAUAGUGAACAAAUCUGUAGUGGGCAUGGGGAAUGCAGGUGUGGUGUUUGCGAGUGUUACGAAUCAGAAGAUCAACGAUACAGUGGACGUUAUUGUGAGGAAUGCCCUACCUGUCCUGGGCUCUGUGAAGAUCUUAAGGAGUGUGUUCAAUGUAUAAUGUUUAAAUCUGGUCCUCUGACUACUGAAGAAUGUACAAAUUGUUCCUUUAUUCCUGAAGAAGUUAAUGAGGCUGAAG